AUGGGUAAAAAGACCACACUGAGACAGCUGCUUAGCUGGCUGAUCCCAGUGCACCGCCAGUUCCACCUCUCCUUCGAAUCCCUCUGCCUGACGGUGAACACUCUGGACCGCUUUCUUACCACCACGCCUGUGGCUGCAGACUGCUUCCAGCUGCUUGGGGUCACGUCCCUGCUCAUCGCUUGCAAACAGGUGGAGGUGCACCCGCCGCGCGUGAAGCAGCUCCUGGCCCUGUGCUGCGGCGCCUUCUCUCGGCAACAACUCUGCAACCUCGAGUGCAUCGUGCUGCACAAACUCCACUUCAGCCUGGGCGCGCCAACCAUCAGCUUCUUCCUGGAGCAUUUCACACAUGCUCGUGUGGAGGCCGGGCAGGCUGAGGUCUCAGAAGCCCUGGAGGCACAAGCCCUGGCACGUGGUGUGGCGGAGCUGAGCCUGGCCGACUAUGCCUUCACCAGCUAUACUCCCUCCCUGCUGGCCAUCUGUUGCCUGGCGCUGGCUGACCAUAUGCUACAGCUCCCGCACCCUGUGGACUUAGGCCUAGGCGGGCAUGCUGAGGCCACAGUGCAGGACUGCCUGGGCAAGCUGCAGCUACUAGUGGCCAUAAAUGAGACCUCCCUGACUCAUAUGCUGCCUUUCCAGAUCCUCGAGAAGUGCAGCCUUUCUCCGAAAUUGAAAUGAAAUACACAUUUGUCUCUCUACCCUGGCCCAACUGCUGGACCUCUCCCGUUGCUGUGAAGGAGGGCGGUCUUGGCCCCUAGAGGACUUCAUGGUUCCCAGCUGGUCAUGAGGUCAUCCUGCAGGUUGUAAAUAGUGUACAAUAAGAGCGCCUCCUCCUUUAUUUAUUUUACUAAGCCCACCUGACAGACCUUAGUCUUUCCCCAAUAAACAGGCUCUCAGUC